AUGGCACCAGUGAAGGGUGGGCGGUACAGUGCUGGAUCACUAGAAGAGCGGACCGGAGGACAGACCACACAGCACAGCAGCGAGUCCAAGGAGGCGCUAUCAGAGCAACGAGUCCGACGACGAGACGGCAGGCCAGGACCACCGAGCAGGCUCCGAAGAAGAAACCCUGACAGCAACUCCAAUGGCGAUGUUAGCGCCGCCCUUAGUAGCGUUGCAGCUGACAGCAUUACAACAAGCAGCAUUUCCGGGUUCUUCACGCCUUCCAGCACGAGGAGCAGCACGGCCAUCGCUGUAGCCAGCAGCAGAGCCAACGGCGCCGACUCCGAUAGAAAUGGUGCUCAGCAGCUCACGCUCCAGCCGGCCAUAGUUGCAGCGCCUUCAGUCACAAGCGCCGAGGUUCUGGCGCCUGCUGUGACAACAAUCGUCCUGGCCACUAUUGUGACAGGGCCGACAACCCUGCUGAAGUCUACUCUGGUGGCCACAGUUAGCGCUUCUUCCUCUUCUGCCUCUGACUCGGCCAUGACGAGCAUACUCACCAGCUCUGACAGGAGGCACAAGACGGCCAGCACCGAUUCCGAUUCCGACGAUACCAGUAGUAACAGCAAGGGAAACAGCAGCAGAUGGUCGUCCCACAGAUCGGAUGACAAGCCGCUCAGCCAAAGUGCCGAACGAGCACUGAUUUCGGCUGGCUCAAUAGGUGCCUUCAUCAUCGUCUGCUUCCUCUUCUGGCUCGUGUGGCGAGCGGUCCAUAACCAAAACUGGCGAAAGCAUGCAGGCGCGUUAGCUACUGCUGCAGUGUUUGCUGGCUCCCCUGCCUCGCCGUCUGCAGCAGUGGCCAUCCACAGCACUUCCAACAGUGCCACCACGCCACCCCGCCGUCUCUUCAAGAGUAUCACUUCUCGGAUGCCUUUCUUCGGACGCCGGACUAGGACGUGGCAGACGCUCGAAGACAACACGAGCAAAGAGACCAACGCAACUGUUGGCACCAAAAACUUGGGGCCAUCGCAGCAGCCAGCCGAGGUCUACCAAGAGAAAAUCACAAACAUCGUCAGCAGCAGUGAGGGCCUUCCUGCCACACCGUCCCAGGUGUACCAUGGCGACGACCUGAGCCAGCAGAAGGAGCAGCAGCAGCGACAGAAGUAUGCAGCCGCUGCCAGCACUGCUCCGUCCUUCAUAUACUCGCAGCAGAUGGCAGUUACCUCUGCAAACCUGCUUGCAGUUUCUCCAUAUGGCGCUGCUGAGGCGUCUGCUGGCCCUACCGCAGAAGCUGCCUAUCUCAGGGCAGGCAACGGCACCUUGAUCAAUAGCGACGGAGUCAGCUCCAUGGGCGACACGUUGCGGUCACGCAUGCCCGACCCCUACUAUAAUCAGUCACAGUUGGCGCGCCAGCCUUCCGACGCCUACGACCCGAUGCAUCGCCAGGUCAACCGGAUCUCAGAGCUGUCAUCGUUGUCGUCGGGUUUUGGCGAUGGCGAGAUUGUGGAUCUUGAGCUACCGCCAAAGCGCCAGCAGCAGAUGCUGUCCGUCCCUCCUAUGCCAUCCACUCCUCUGGCUGUCACACUCGCCGGCGCCGGCCACUUCUCCUGGAUGCGUGCUAGCAGAUUUGUGCCAAACAGCCGUCGUGAGACGGUAUACACAGAAGCCGGCGAAGACCAGCCGGCCAGGUUCCGCUCCGUCACAUCGUGGGUUCACCAGCAGACAGGUCGCGUACGCCGAGCACAGCAGCGGAGCAACGCGAACAACAACCCAGCUGCGGGAGGACCGUUAGGUACCACAGGGGCCACAAAUGUCCAAUCUGGUCGGGCCAACAUGUCAGCGGAAUCCGAGAUGCCAGCGACACCCGGAAUUGCUCGUCCUAUGCCGGAGGAACAGCGGUUGACGAUGAUGGUAGACGACGGCGAGGAGCCGCGGCGGCCAGAAACAGUUCCAGGCAUCCAUAUGAAACCGAGAUAG